UUGCAGAUCAUGUCAUUAACUCGCCUGCUCCUCUUGACAACUGUCCUCAUGGUCCUGAUGGCCACGUUGACCUCCAGUGCCCGAACCACACGCUGGCCCAAAACUCAGAGCACCAAGAAGCCCCCUAGAGCUGGUGGCAGCGGUGGAGGUGGGCGGACCACAACCACAACCCCAUCACCUUCCAGCAGCCUGCCCACAGAAGAGACAACUGAGGUUAUGAUGGAUGCUUACACUCUGUCCCCUACAGACAGCACCACAUACCCCAAUGAUAUUUACUCCACUGAAUUCCACACCGAUGCCAUAGCGCCCCCUGGGAGCAACCAUGGAAACUAUACCCUUGACUACAAUGAAUGCUUCUUCAACUUUUGCGAGUGCUGUCCACCACAGAGAGGUCCCAUAGGGCCCAUGGGGGAGAAAGGCCCUAUCGGACUGCAAGGAGAGAGGGGCCCUCCAGGGUAUCCAGGAGAGAAGGGAGACAUGGGGCUCAGAGGACCGCCAGGCCCAGCAGGACUACCUGGAGCCAAUGGACUCAAUGGCGACAUAGGUGAUAAAGGUGGUCAAGGACCUGUGGGUCCACCUGGUGCACCUGGGAUUCCUGGAAAAACAGGAGAAAAAGGUGACCCAGGCCCCAGAGGAGAAAAAGGUGAACGUGGCUUCAACGGUUUGAAAGGGGACCCAGGAGAAAGAGGAGAGCCUGGCCUGAAUGGUACUAAGGGCAGCACUGGGCGAGAGGGGCCUAUGGGUCCCCCAGGAGUUGGUGGGACAAAGGGUCAGAAAGGUGAACAGGGACUUACAGGCGAGUGUUUAACAGGUGAGAAAGGUGAUGUGGGUGUGCGUGGGCCACCUGGACCAAGAGGGGAGAUGGGCCCUGCAGGAAUGAAUGGAACUGAUGGUGCAAAGGGACAAAGAGGGGAGCUGGGGCCUCCUGGAGGGAAGGGGGAUACUGGGGCCAGAGGGCCCCCUGGACCUCUUGGUCCAAGGGGCAUAGCAGGGUUGAGAGGGGAAAGGGGAGUUAAAGGAGGACGAGGGCCUCGGGGCCCUAAAGGCCCUCCAGGUGAGAGUGUAGAACAGGUUCGCUCUGCCUUCAGUGUGGGCUUGUUCCCCAGCAGGUCCUUCCCUCCACCGGGCGUUCCUGUGAAGUUUGAUAAGGUGUUUUACAACGGGGAGGGGCACUGGGACCCAGCUCUCAACAAGUUCAACGUCACCCACCCUGGGGUCUACUUAUUCACUUACCACAUCACUGUGCGCAACCGGCCUGUGCGUGCUGCCCUGGUGGUGAAUGGGAUGAGAAAGCUGCGGACACGGGACUCGCUGUACGGCCAGGACAUCGAUCAAGCUUCCAACCUCGUACUGAUGCAGCUGAACGACGGCGAUCAAGUUUGGCUGGAAACUCUGAGAGACUGGAAUGGUGUUUACUCCAGCAGUGAGGAUGACAGCACUUUCUCUGGCUUCCUGCUCUACCCAGACUCAAAGAGCAAAUCUACAAAUAUGGAAAACAUGUAA